AUGCGACUUCCGUCUCGGCCCGGCCUGGAGCUGAAACGACACCUCCUUGAGAUGCUGGUGAGCGAUUUUCGAAUUCAUUUUGCCAAUUUCGAGGACUUUUUCGUUAUUUCUCUUGAGUCACGUACUUUGCGACAAAAAAUUUUAAAUUUUGCCGCAGGAGCUAGUGCAACAUCAGAAAUUGUCGUGUAAAAUGAAGAGAAGUUUAUAAACUAUUCAAAUUUGUUUGUAAGAUUUCUUUUCAAGUUGCUUAUGAAUUGUUUCAUCGACAGAUUUCAUUUUUCAUCGAUGAUUUUUUUCGGAAAAAUUGAUGUCAAAAAUUUUCGUCCGAAAUCCGAAAAACGAUUGGCGAAGCACGUGGUCCAGCUCCAUAAAUCCGGAUAAAUAACAUCCGUUGUGUUUGCUAAGGUGCACUUGUUCUGUUUUUGUGUUUUCAAACUUGGUUUUUGCACAAUUUAUAUUGCACUAGUCACCUGGUGUUUUCAUUUAGAUUCGAUGGUUAAUUUAGAGUUAUACUGCUCGGUUCUUCAUGUUUUUCUUUUCAGGGUCGUGAAGUUUACUUUGUGUACGCCAGUGAUCCCAGAGGUACCGUUCAUCACGCACUUUUGCAGGCCUUCCACCCGCAUGACGUAGGUGAAUGUUUUUAUUGUUUUCUUCUUCUUUUAGGUCGAAGAUCAACGGUUUAUGUUCUUUAAUGGGUGCGAAAGACAGAUCUUGAACUUAAUCCGUCUGUAGAGACCUUUUUUUCGCUAGAAAACCCGGGAGAAUGAAAAUUUUAUAUUAUUCAUGAGGUCCAAUAUGGACUGGGGUUUUUCGGGUUGUAGGACGCUUAAAUUUUUGAGGGUUGUGAUGGUUUUGUAUUAUCGAGGUCACAUGGAGAGAAUGGAUACAAACUUUUGCUAGUUUACGCCUAUUUUCGACUUGUUCUUGAGGUUCAUUUUCGGCUCAUGGAUAAUAUCUAAAAAGAGGAAUUUAUGUUUUCUUUCGAUAGGAUUUGUUCUGAGAAGCUCAAGAAAUUAAUAUAUUUUGAUGGCAAUGAAAAAUAUCUCGCCUUUUCAGUGUAUGCUUGGAGUGACGAUGGUGGAUCAAGCUAAGACCCGCCGUUGCAAGGAAAUCCCACUAAGUUCACUGGCAUAUUUGCAUUGCGGCAAUGGAAGAACGAGCAGUAAGUGACGGUUGUGCUUAUUUUGUCCGUUCCACCUGUUUCGUGUUGAUUUUCUUCGAUCUACUUUGUCUAGUACAAUAUAAUUUUACUCGCCUUUUUUAGAAUUCAAAACUGACCGCGAGUAUCACGAUGUCAUAGAGGAAGACAAGGAGCUCGAGGAAUGGCAGCCGGAUCCCGACAUAGAGCUACCAUCCGUUUAUUAUGAGGAGAAAAAGAGGUGGUCGGUGGAAGAGAUGUUUGCCAUAAAUCAGAAGCUUGGUGUGACCUCAACCUUCAAUGGGAUUGAAACCUACAGCACGUAAGGACUUUUAUCUUCUUUUUCUUGCCAAGUUUAGGUCACUUCAAGAAGGGUUUCUCCGAUUUUUAACACGAUUUAUAUUCUCCAUGACACCUUUUCAAACUUUGAUGGAUAAAGAAUAAUAUUUCGCAUUCAGAGCAAUGCCAACCGGCGACGAAGCUGCUCGAAGGCGUGCUGAAGCGAUUGCGCGUGAGAUCGAGUGCAAUGAUGAGAGCAAGUACCACGCACUUCUCGAAAACGACGAUGAGGAGCGGGAUUUGGACAAGGAGACGGAUCUCACCGCCUUCGAAGACCCUCCAGAGACUCGAGAACAACUCCGACCCUCGCCACCAACCGCGCCCAACUCCUGGAGGAAGGAGUCGACUCCGAAAGAGCUUCCAAAAGUCGUGCCAUUGAAGAAGUCGGCCGAAAAACCGAAACCAACCGCUAAAAUUGAGAGGAAAGAAGAAGUAGGGAAAGAGAAUGCACAGAACCCACCGAAAUUGGAUCGAACCACGCCGCAGAAGGUCUUAGCCAGCGGGGAGAACUUGAAAAAUGAGGGGAAACUGAAAAAAGAACCGAAAAUUGAGAGGACCUAUGUGAAUAGGACGAAAUGGAACAGAACUCUCCCAGCUAGCAUGAAACCAACCCAAUCCGCAUUCACUCAGCCUCUGGGGAAUGUCAAGAGCACUGUGUCAACGGGAAAUACCCCGCAGCCCAAGGAGAAGGCUGAAAAUUCAGCUCCAGUCCAGGUGGAAAAAGUGGUCGAAACGAAAAUUGAGGCUAAAAUCGAGACUGAAGAUAUGGUUCAGAAGAAGGAAGAGCCCCCAAAAGAGAAUAUGGAGGAGGAAUCGAAAAAUAAAACCCCUGAAAAACCAGUGGAAACGACCGAAAAUACCAAAGAUGUCAAGGAUAAUAUCGAAAAGCCCGCGGAACCCGAAAAGUCCCCCAAAACUGAGGAUAAACAAGCGUCACCUAGUCGAGCCGGCUCAGAACAGAGCCAAUCCAGCCAGGAGAGGAAGUUCCGCUUCAAUGUGACCGCCCCGGAAUUCCGUCCCGGCUCCGAGAGACCUCAAACUCGAAGCUCCCGAAACUCCACCCCGCUGCACUCCGCUCCGCCGGAGUAUUUCACCCAAGAGUUUCAACAACCAAUGAUCGUUAGUUAUGCACCGAUGCAGCAGAUCCCGACGCAGGUGAGAGAGUUGUGAGCGUUUAUAUUGUAGUAGGGGAUAUUGGACUCGAGGGUCUUAAAAGGCUGAUAGUAAUAAUGUGGGUGGAUUUUAAAGGGGGAACUGGUGUUUUUUAGGAAGAAUAUGAGUUAAUUAAAGGAUGUAGAAUAGAUGGAAUCAGUUUGUAGAGUUUUAAAGGGGUUUUUGACCUGUUUUUGGUUCGCCUUUUUCAUGAAAUUCGCAGAAAAAAUUUUGAAGUUUUUUGUUGAGUUUACUUCAAUUUUAGCUCGAAUAUGUUGUAGCCAUGGUAGCUACGGAAAUAUCACUGAAUUUCAUGCAGUUUACAACCCUAUUUCACGUCAAAUUUACCAAAAUUUACCUUAUUUUAGGUCGCCACGUUGCCGGCCGGCUUCCAAUACGUCCACAACUUCCAUCAACAGUCCAUCCUGCCCUUGAAUGCGAUCGGCACCCCGCAAUAUGUGGCCCAACCCUAUCAGCCAUACCCAUCUCAACAAUUUCCGGCCCAAGUUCAGCCGGGUGCUGUGGUGUAUGCGCAACCUCAAAUGAUCCCCCAACCCCAUAUAAACCGCUCAUAUCAACCAAUGUACAUUCCACAGCAUCCUCAGCAAGUACCGGUAAGUGGAUUUGGAGGAAAUUUGAGGAGAUUUGAGUGUUUUUGGACGAAAUGGGUCAAGUGUUUCUCUGAGAAUUUUAGGAGGUUUAUAAAGUGGUAUGAUAUAGAAAAGAGGGUGGUUAUAAGACGGGGUGGAGACAUUGCGGAGUUUUUUAGACGAUUUAUAAAUUUUGAGGCAGUUUGAGUCAAGUUUUUCCCCGUAAAUGAAGUUUUUGGUUUUGAGGAGAAGACUUGACCCAAAUUGAAAAAGUGGUGUAAAAGGAUAUUGAUGACAUGAUAAGGCAUUUUACAAACGAAUUUUGUAGUUUUCGGUAUUCGAAUUGUAAUUCUUGGUGUAUUUGGAGUUCUGGGUCAAGUGUUUCCCUCGUAUCAAUUUUGAUGAUUUUACACUUGAUUUUUACCAUUUUUAGAUUCAAUACUCGGUCGCAAGUCCACCUCAACAGUUCUACUCCAAUCAACAGUUCUACGCCACACCGUCGCCUAAUCCGAGCGUGGAGCAUCAAGAACAACAUCAAGGAUGA